AUGAUCAAAAGGAGGUUACUUCUGUGGAAAUUUAACAGAGCUGACCAGUUUAAUUUGCCAGUUGAGAUUUGCUUGGUAAUCAAGCGAUUUAAAAAACAGUAUGCAUCACUUCACUGCCUGGACAAGAAGCUUUUUGUGUUUCCAAACACUCCAGUUGACCAGCUUUCCUUACCAGGCAGAGUUGCAGUGUGUAAAAAUCUAGCAGACUUUAAGAUUCAAACUGUUAAAUGUGGAUUUCAAAGACGGCCAGAGUUAAUAGUUAACAACGAUGCAUUGCAUUUUGAAAACUCUGGUGAGACCUUUGAUCAGGUGACCCUUUUAGACAAAUUCAGCCCUAGGUAUACCAAAAAUAAACGUAUCCAACAAGAGCUUGUUGAAAAAGCUGUAAACCUUUUUCAUGACAUUGAAAUAAACAGAAGUACAAACAGUUAUUCUGAUAAUUUCAGAAAAGAUAAGACAAACACAUUGGUUCUUGAUAUCGGUUGUGGAGACGGAACUAGUACCCAGCCCCUUUUAGACAUGGGAUAUCCUUGUGUUGGCAUAGAUUUGAAUUUACGUGGGCUUUCUGAAUUUCAAAUGUCAAAUUUCAAACGAAGGAGACCAUUUCAAAAAGAAAUUACUGUCAAUCAUACCGGUGAGAGUUUACAGCCUUGCAGUGUAGGUCUGAACUUUGUCACAAGCAGCACUAGCAAACAAGCAGAUAAUUGGGCGAAUGGUGAUUUCAGAGAUAUAUCCACUGUGAGUAGCAACGCAAAAUAUAUUUCUACUGGAUUCACAGAUAUAAUUCGAUGGGAUUUGAGACAUGGAUUACCAUUCCGAGCUGGUACUUUUGAUUUUGCCAUAAGCAUUUCAUUUCUGCAGUGGCUUUUUUACGGUAAUAGACAGAGGCAGCUGCGCUUGUUCUUUUCAUCGUUAAAGUCUCUGUUGACACCACAAGGGAAGGCAGUGAUACAGUUUUAUCCAAUGAAUCCUGGCCAAUUGGCAGAUGCUAUUCUUUAUGCUGCUGAAUACUUCCAGGGUGUUGUAGUUGGUGAUUAUCCUCAUGUUGACAGGGGAAGGAAGUUGUUUUUGGUGAUAUUCAAUGAUGUGGGAGACAAGGGUGUAGAAAAAGAAUUUGAUAGGAGUAGGCAAGCCGUUAGAAUGUAA